UGUUGGUAGUUGGUAUUGAUGCAUGUAUGGCCCGUGAUAUCGAAAUAUCGUUGUGACUUGUGAUCUAUUUAUUUUGUUAGGGUGAGUUGAUACUAUAGACUUAAAAUUUGCCAAAACUUUUUUCUAUAAUCAAAUCUCUCUAGUCUAAAAGCAGAGACCAAAGGAAGGAUGAAUAAAACGCAUAGAGGGAAGUUGCCGACGGGAACUCCGUCUCUGGCAUUGUCAACAGCCGUCGUCGUUGUUUCCCUUCUCGCUGGAGCCUCCGUCGUUCACAACAUCUACAAGCCAGACCUCAGUUUACCACCCGUGGAAAGUGGUGAAGUGGCCAACAAGGAGGAUGCUGCCAACAAAGUUUGAAAUAUCUUUCAGUAAUACUCUUUUCCUGUUUAAAUUAUAUGGUAAACAAACAUGGAUAAAGUUUGAAUCCGACAGAGAGAACACAUACAAAUAAAGCUUUUUUUUCCAUUAAUUAUUGUGUUCUCCUUUUUUUUUAUUUUUUGUGACACCAAUAAUUCAUUAAAAUUAAGAGGCCUCAGGCCCAAAUCAUCCCCAAAGGGUCCAUUACAAAAAAAGCUGAAGGAUCUGUUUUGCCAAAAGAUCGGCAUCACAGUUGUGCAAACGAGAGAUAUGAGAGAAGUUUAUCGCGACAAAAGCAGAGAUCAUCUGUUGGAUGUCUCUAACGAUUCCAAAGAUUUCCGAGACCUGCGUGUCGUUUAAGAUUGCUCUGAUGAGCGUUUUGUUGUCGGAGAACAGUUUGAGAUGUGUAAUCUCACGGUCCACCGCAGAGAGGAUUGCUGAUCUGAGGGCUAGUGCUUCAGCAAUUAGGGGAGAUCCGAUGAAAGCCUGGGCUGUAGAGCCUUGUCCGAUCCUGGUGCCUGUUGAGUCCGUGAAGAUCCAGGCGAGACCUGCUCGUUUUGAUGUAUUGUCGAAAGCCGCGUCGGAUUUACAUGUCUUGAACGGCGUUGCUUCCGGUUGAUCCCUCAUAGGGCGGGAGGUGGCAGCGCAAGGUUUCUUGUUGUCCAAAUCACCCAACAAAUCCAUGGUAGUAUGAAGUUAGAGACUCCUGUCGGUGGAAGGCAGAUCGCUUGUCUGAACGCAACGAUAGCAUCUUUGAAGUUUCCUCAUGUAGCUAGGUGAACUACGUGUUUCAAGGAGACCUGAUUCCAUAUCUCCCUUGCGAAAGGGCAUUCAAAAAAGAGAUGAGUUGCUGACUCCACUCCUCUACACUUAUAACAUACCGCAUCUGCUCUUAUUCCUCUUUGUUGUAGUUGUUUCCCAAGUGGGAGGGCUUUUUGAAUUACUGACCAAAGAAAUAAUUUCAUUUUUGGUGAGCAGGUUGAAGACCAAACAUCUUUGAUCCAGUCAAAUUCCUCCCGUAAGGCGCUGUCACGAGUGUCUCUUCUCAUCGAUGCUGCAUAGUAGCCUGAUCUUGACGUGUAUACUCCUGUUGUCAGAGGCUGCCAGAUAUAGAUAUCCUCCGUCCUCGAGAUGCUAGGCUGGAUCAGUUGUAUCUCAGAGGCAACGUGAGAUAAAAGCUCUUGGAUCCUUUGUUUAUUCCAUGUCAUCUCUGUAGUUAAGAGAUCAGAAACUGUAAGAUCUAGAGCUUCCUGCGGAAUAGGUCCAUAGGGUCUGAUAUGUUCUUUUGAUGAGAUCCAUGAGUCUUUCCAGA